GGGGGAGUUAUGAAAUGAACUGGUAGGCCGACAAGACAGGUGGAUCCGUUAAUAGCCGUUGUGGUUUUUUAAGUUUUAACGGCUUUUUAAAAAUGGAAGGGUAAUUAAAUUAAUUAAUUAAUUGUUUUAUAUAAUAAUUCUAGCCUCAAAUGCCAACCAUUUUUCAGAUUUUGCAAUAUAUUUCCUCGCCUCUUCUUUAUAAUGAUUGCCUUUGUAAAACCCAUUUCUUUUUUACAUUAAACCUGACAGGGUUGAACUUGGCUUUGCUUUGUUCUUGAAUGCAAAGCAAAGCGCCAAGCCAACCAUUCCCAGGUCUCUCAUUUCGAGAGCUUCUGCGUGUUCCUUUUCUUUCCUUUUUUCUCUAUUGAUUUGUGUUGUUGUGAUGGAGAGCAGCUAUCCUGAGAAUUAGAAUUGACUGUUUUAUCCGUGAGUUGGGGGGCUGCUCUAAAGAUCAAACUUGUUCCUUUCUGCAAAACUAUCAGAAGCCGGACCUGCUUGCUUGACAUCUUAGAUGGCUGCUAGUACAGCAACUUCGCCAGUUCAUGAAACGGAUAUUACAGUUCUAAAAGAAACACUUCGCUCUCAACAGCAACUUCUGCAGAAGCUCUAUGCGGAGCUUGAUGUGGAAAGGGAAGCCGCCACCACCGCUACCAAUGAAGCUUUGUCGAUGAUCCUGCGGUUGCAAGGUGAGAAGGCCGCCAUGAAGAUGGAAGCAAGCCAAUACAAGAGAUUAGCAGAAGAAAAGAUAAGCCAUGCAGAGGAAUCUCUCGCGAUUUUUGAAGAGCUCAUGUAUCAGAAAGAAAUGGAAAUUUCUGCUCUCGAGUUCCAAAUUGAGGCUUACAAAUACAAACUUAUGAGCUUGGGGUGUGAUGAAUUGGAUGAUUUUGACAAAAAGUUUCCAGAGAAUCCAUUUGCAGAAAGAAAUGGAGAAAAGGGCACUAAAUCUACUAUGAGAAGACUCAGCUCUCUGCCUUCGCUUUUUCCCACAGAUUUCUAUAAAAUGAAGAGUUCCAGUGAUGGAAAAAAGCAUGCGGUUCCAGCGGCAGAAACAAGUUCAAGCAUAGGUGCGGGGAAUACGGACUUACUAGUUCGUGAUCAUGGUUUGGAUUCAAGGAGGAGUUCGCCACGCUCGGUUGACUUCAAUUCUUUCUGGGAACAGAUCCGAGCACUAGAUGAAAAGGUGAAAGAGAUUUCGGAUUGUAAAGAAGUUGGUAAAAACAAGUUAUCGAAGAUAAAGGUUAAAGCGGUGUCCCAAAGUACCAGUCCAAGAGCAAAACUUCCCCCUAAAUGUCAAAGAAUAAAAACUUGUGAAGGUUCAUCAGAGAAAGCCACUCCAAAUUCUGCCAAUUCUUCUAACACUGUUCAUGAUGUAUUUGAAGUCCAUUGCAAAUUUGAAGUUCCAGAAAGCAGUGAAAGAAACAAAAGUUGUUUUAAAGGGGAAAUGAACAAAGGGAAGUCAUAUGUGGAAGAAGAUAAUAGGCUUAAUAAGCCAGAUUUGUUCCUGAUUGGAUCACCUGUAGAUGAUGAUAGUGACUGGUUCAGCAAGGACGACUUUCAAAGUCUAAAGCCUGGGAAAAAGGGAUAUAAACUGAUAGACGAAAUGAAUCCUGAUCCCGAUCCCGACUACGAAUCGCCUGUUGAAUAUGAUACCGAAUGGAUAAAGAUGACUAACUUGCAAGGCACAAAGCAUGAGAAAAGAUCAUGUAACCCGAGCGAUGAGACAAAUGAUGACUGCAAAUCAUCUCUUCUUCCCCUAUCCACUGGGAUUACUAACUAUCGAUCAGAACUGCAACUGCUGGCUCAGAGAGUUGAGCAGCUUGAGGGUAGAAGAAAUAAUACAAAUCGUGAAAUUAGUGAAGGGAGGGAAGAUGAACUGAAUUUGUUGAAGCAGCUAAGAGAACAACUUAAUUCAAUACAGUCUGAGAUGAGAAGUUGGAGACCAAAGAAAUCAUCUCCUUCAGAUGAGGUGCAUCUACUUCCUCUCCUAGAGGUAAUGUUGUACUUUUGGUUGUAAUCAAGCCAUUGAUGUGGAAUCAACUCAAGCAAGCAAUAGUGACAUCGGUACACGAUGGAUGGAAAAACUGAUCAUGCAUUACUUUAUAAUGGUAUAUUUUGAUCUUCUAGUGGAUAACAUUAUACAACAUGCAUUACUUUAUAAUGGCAUAUUUUGAUCUUCUAGUGGGUAACAUUAUACAACAGAUAGGUCUUUUUGUAUUCAGACUGUUCUGUUUUGUUUUGUAUUUAAAAACAAGUAUGAUGCAUCAUCCACUAGGAAAAGAAGAAAAUGUGAUUGUUUCUGGUAUUUAGAGGUUUGUUUGAGCUCUUUCAUGUCUGGAUUUUUCUCUUAAAUUUUGGGAUGGUUUGUAAAAAUAAGCAAUUUAUUCA